AUGCCAACAUCAGGAGAGCAUCAUAUUACAGUUCAUGUUAAAUUUGAUAUAGCAGAGGAAUUCGUCAGAAGCCACUGUAUUCAACAAAUAUUGGAAAGUGUCUAUCACUGUCAUCAGAAUAAUGUGGUCCAUAGAGAUCUCAAGCCAGAAAAUCUCCUCUUAGCAAGCAAGACUAAAGGAGCAGCUGUGAAACUAGCAGAUUUUGGUCUCGCUAUUGAAGUGCAAGGAGACCAGCAAGCUUGGUAUGGCUUUGCUGGAACACCAGGAUAUCUGUCACCAGAAGUACUUAAGAAGGACCCAUAUGGUAAACCAGUUGAUAUAUGGGCAUGUGGGGUAAUACUGUACAUAUUGCUAGUAGGCUAUCCUCCUUUCUGGGAUGAAGAUCAACAUAGGUUAUAUGCACAGAUUAAGGCUGGAGCUUAUGAUUAUCCAUCCCCUGAAUGGGACACAGUUACUCCUGAAGCCAAGAAUCUCAUUAAUAGUAUGUUAACUGUGAAUCCUGCCAAGAGGAUCACAGCUUCUGAAGCUCUGAAGCACCCCUGGAUUUGUCAGAGGGAGCGAGUAGCCUCAACUCUUCAUCGCCAGGAGACUGUAGAAUGCUUGAAGAAAUUCAAUGCUAGGCGUAAACUCAAGGGAGCCAUCCUGACUACAAUGUUGGCAACUCGUAACUUUUCUAGUCGUAGCAUUAUAAACAAAAAAAGUGAAGGAUCUCAAGUAAAAGAAUCAACUGAUAGCAGCACAACUCUGGAAGAGGAAGAUGUGAAAGAUGGUAGUUCUUCUGGCCCAGAGCGAAGCAAAACUGUUAUUCAUGUUGAUUCAGUCAAAGCUCCAUUUCCUGACAGUAAACCUGUAGCCAAGCCUGAUUCUGAGCCUGGCCAACUUUCUUCCUUCAUUCGAGCUAUAAGGAUUAAUAAUGUUGGUCCUGUUGAUCCACGCAAGUCAGAAAUCAUAAAAAUUACAGAGCAGCUUAUAGAGGCUAUAAACAAUGGGGAUUUCGAAAGUUACACAAAAUAUUGUGAUUCCCAAAUAACAGCUUUUGAACCUGAAGCCCUGGGAAAUUUGGUUGAAGGAAUAGACUUUCAUAAAUUUUACUUUGAUAAUGUUUUAGGGAAAAAUAGCAAGCUCCUGAAUACAACAGUCCUCAAUCCUACAGUGCAUCUACUUGGUGAAGAUUCUGCCUGUAUUGCAUACAAACUUCUUACACAGUGUGUGAAUAAGUCUGGAAUUGCUUAUACCAAGCAAACUGAAGAAACCAGGGUUUGGCAUAAAAAGGAUGGAAAAUGGCAAAAUGUUCAUUUUCACUGCUCGGGGGCAGCCUCAUCUUCCUUUGCAACUGCCCAUAAGUAAAGCUGUGUCAGGGUAGUUCUGCCAAAUCUGUCAGCUUUGUGGACUAGCCUGUGGCCACUUUAACAUGGCUGCAUCUGGCCAUCCACAGUUUAGCCUAUGUUUUUUGAAGAUAUGUUGUGAUUCAAGAAGUUUUUUCCCCACCUGCUCCUGCUCAGAGUUCUCUGCAGCACUGAGCCCUAUGUAUGACCUCUCAAGGAGUUGAGGUCAUAGAUCAAGAAUUUAAUGUCAGUGUAGAGGCAAGAGACCAGGCAUUUGCUGAGAAAUAUAACUCUGAAUCAGUUUUGCUUUAAAUAUUUCAUAAAAUCUCUUCUUUCUAUAAUCCUCAUAUUCUGGUAAUCUUCAAGGCCAAAACUUUAUUGAUUGUACUUGCCUUUAAUAUUCUACACUGUUUUCAUUAGCUGUUUUUAUGAAUUACUAAGGCUGCCUGGUUAAAAUUUCUUAAAAUUAAAUGUUUUUGAUCUGAAAUUUCUCUAAGUCACUAUGUAAAAUAUCUAAGAUACAGCUUAUUCAGGCUUCACUAUUCUAUUUCUGUGUAUUUGUCAUAUAUCAAUGAAGUUUAAAAAGCUAAAUAAAUGUAUUUCUUAAAGCUAGAUUUGGUGAAUAGAAACAAUGAAAUGUUAAAGUGGAUUUAAAGCAGUUAAGCUUAUGUAUUGUGCUAAAAAUCUAUAAAGUAUUAUAUAUGUUUAAAAAAUUGUUUUCAACAAAAGUCACAAAGUAUACUUUCAUUUCAUAUCAUGACCAUAGGUGCAUUUUACCUGAGUAAGUAUUGGAAUUGUUCAAAGAUCUUGGAACAUGAGUAUCAAAUACCCCAUUAAAUAAAUUCAGCCUUCUUGAGCAUGAUAUGGGUUCAAAGGUUUUUGAACAGAAGUAUUAAAGAAGACAGAUAGUAUUAAGUACAAUCAACAUUAUCAGAUAUGAUAUGGAUUCAAGAGCUUGACCUUUACGUAUCACACAAGCUAGUUAGUACUAAGUACAUUAAGCCUUAUUAAUCACAAUAGGGGUUCAAGGAUUUCUGAACACAAGUAUUAAAAAAUAAAAAUAACAGUAGGUACAAUCAACAUUAAGUAUGAUAUGGAUUCAACAUCUUUAAAUUUAAGUAUUAAACAAGUUAGUUAGUACUAAGGACAUUAAUCCUUAUUAGUUAUGAUAGGGUUUGAGGAUUUUUGAACACAAGUAUUGAAGAAGACCAAUAGUUUAUGUACAGUCAACAUUAUUAAGUAUGGUAUAGAUUCAAGAUCUUUGAAUUUAAGUAUUAAACAAGUUAGUUAGUACUAAGGAUAUUAGUCCUUGUUAAUUGUGAUAGGAAUUCAAGAAUUUUGGAAUACAAUUAUUAAACAAGUCAGAUUGUUUAUCUUUAAGCUGGUUAAGUAUAAUAAACCUUCAUGAAUUUUUAAGGGCAUAUUAUAUGUAAAGAACAUUAUAUUAAGUAUUUAAAUGAAGUUUGUUAAACAUUCAUUGUGUAGAAUACCUUGAAGAUGUGUAUUAAGCAAAACAGUUAGUACACACAUUCAAUCUUAUUGAGUGUUAUGACUGUUCAGGAUGGUUUACCAGAGUUAUUUAGCAAAAUAUUAAGUGAACAUUUUACUAAGUCAAAAUUAAUCUAAUUUGUACAUGUUAACUUGUACAUUCACAUAAAGAACAAAAGUGCUUUCAUUUUAUUUAACAAAGAUUAUUAUAUUGGGAAAUUUAGCAGUAUUUUAAAGUAUGUUAUAGUUAUAUUUCUUCCCAGAAAUUACUCUUGAAAAUAACUUAUAUAAUUUUCAUUAUAAGAUUUUGUGAAAGUUAUUUUUUCAUAGUUUAAGUUAGUGAAAAAGACAGUUUUUUGAUGUACAGAUGUUUGAAUGAAAAGUCUAUCAGUGAGUGAAAUUAAGUAAAUGAUUUUUUGAAAACGUAUUUUGAAGAUUUUGUUGUGUUUGUUUUGUAUGCAAAAGGUAAUUAUAUUCUUAUUAAAAAUUAUAUGACACUUUUCAUUUGCAACUAGAUUUUGCAGCACUUUUUAACAUAAAUAAUCAUUUAUUUCCAAAUAAUCUUAAAGGGUGCUUGAACACACUUUCCUAGUUGUUGUUUUUUUCAUAUUCAAUACUGUAACACAAAUAAUUUUUAUGACAUGACAUAAGUUAUUAACACAAGUUUGUUAAUAAGCAUAUAAUAUGUUCAGAGGAAAAUGAAGUUUUACAAUAAAAAUGAUAAUGAUACUUCAGAUAAACAACCUUGUUUAUUUAUAACAGAAGAGGACACAGAUAGACAUUUUGGAAUUCUACAGACUCCAUAUUCAGUAUCAAAAGCAAAAUAAAAGACAUCCUUUUUAAGUAAGUAACUAAAAUACAUUGCUGCAAUAAUGAUAAUGUAAU